CAAAAUGCGUGCUCGGUCACGUCGUUCCUUGACGCACGUUCAAGUGGACGUCCCUGCUGCGUCAUUAGCGCGCAGCCUCGAUCCUGAUGCACUUCUUUUCCCGAAAGCCUAAAGAUAGAUGUUUCGAUUUCAGUCCCUGGAUGAAGACUGUACGCUGGAGGAAGAAGACGAGGGAUUGAUAGAAGAGGAAGAUGAAAUUGAUCAGUUCAACGACGACACCUUUGGAGCUGGGGCCAUCGAUGAUGACUGGCAGGAGGAACAUAAACGCCUCGCUGAGCUCGAUGAGCGGGAUGAGCGGGAUGGGCUUGGAGGAGGGGGAGGAGGAGGACGAGGACGAGGAGGAGGACGAGGAGGAGGAAUGGGGGUGGGAAAAGAAUCUCAUUUAAGAGGAGCUGAGGACUCAUCCUCCACCCAUCUCCCUACCUCUGCAGGCCAUCUCCCCCUCCCAUCUUCCCUCCCUUCACUUAACUUCUCCUCGUCUUCCUCCGGACUGCCCCCACCAGAUGUAGAGGAUCGAGGGAGGGAAGGUGGCUUGGCUGAGUCCCUUGCCAGACUCAUCCUUGAGGCUGACCCAGCCAUCGCUGGAGUCGGAGCGACUGAGAGGCCCUGUCCAUCCAUAAGCUCUUCAGGAUCCAGCCUGGCCGCUCUGCAGGGGCUGGAUCGUCCCAGAGUCCUGCCCCAGCACUCCUCCAUACCAACUCAACCACACCAGCAUCCCCGUCACCCCCAGCACCAGCUGCCUCCUGGGCCCUCCACUUCAGGCCUUCAUACUGGCCCUCCUCCAUCAUCAAUGCUCAGCUACCAACAGCAGCAGCACUUGCUGCGCAGAGGAUCUGCUCCUAUUGGCCAGAUGAACUCUCACAAUAUCUGGGAGAACAGUAUGGGUUUUGGGCCGGUAAGUGUCACCCCUGGACUGGUCACACACAUGGAGGAUAGUCCACUAAUGUCUAUAAUCAAAGAGGUGGGCCUUCCUAAAUUACCUCCUCAGGGUAGGAAUGAUGAAGGACGGGACUUGUCAGAGAGGGUCCCACCUCCACGGUCUUCUUCCCCUGUGAUUGGCUCCCCUCCGGUAAGGGCAGUGCCUAUAGGGACCCCUCCAAAACAGCCAAUGAGCCACGCUCUGAAUCAUCAGACCCACCAUCCCACAGCAGUUCAUGUGAGAGCCCCGAUCCAGCACAGAUACCCACCUCCUUUCCCUGAGCGUCUGUCACCCAACACCCUCCUCAAUAUAGCUAACUCUCCGCUGUGCCGCGGUCCAUUCCCUCCUGGAGUUGGUCCAGUUUUGUCUCAGAUUCAACGGGCCCAACUGCUCAAUUCUCAGGUGGCAGGUUUUGCCCGUGGUGGACCAGCACCUGCAUUGUUACCAGGUGGUGGAGGUUUCAGGCCAUUCUUUGGGGGCCCUCCUCCUCCACACAGUCACCGAAUGGGCCCACUGCCCCCUCAUGGCCCCCCAAACCACGCGCCACCCAUCCGGCACAAUACCACCCACCUCCACCCUCAGCAUCGCCGCAUGCUCACCCAGCGAAUGCAGAGUCGAGGAGGGGACCGUGGCAGAACUGGAGGGGACCGGCGCAGUAGGGACCCCUACAGUAAUCUGAUGACUCAGAAAGAGAAGGAGUGGGUUACCAAGAUCCAGAUGAUGCAGCUGCAAAGUACUGACCCUUACCUGGACGACUACUACUAUCAGAAUUACUAUGAAAAGAUGGAGAAACGUCAGGAAAAAGAGAGAGACAGCAGCAAAAAGGAACACACCACCAAACUCAUUACUCCACAGGUCGCCAAGGUUGAACAUACCUACAGACCAGUUCAGUUUGCAGGCUCUUUAGGUAAGCUGACGGUCUCUAGUGUCAACAAUCCCCGCAAGAUGAUUGAUGCUGUGGUGACAACUCGCACAGAUGAUGAGGAGAAAAGAGAGAAGCAGGUUUGGAAUAAGAGACGACAGAUCCUCUACACUGUGGAAAAGAUGUACAGUUUGCUGCUGGAGGUUCAAGACUUUGAGAAACGUUUUGUCCAGGCACCAGAAGAGGACAGGGAGGCUCUGCUGGAGCAGCAUAAAACCAACACGGUGCAGCUGUGCAACUCUCUGCGGGAGAAGGAGUGGGAGGACAGAGUAAGUGAUGAGCAGUGUGUGAUGAUCAUGUCAGUGAGGAAGGGCAAGCGGCUCAUAUCCAGGCUACUCCCUUUCCUGCCCUCACCCCAGGCCACCGCCAUUGUCAUGGCGAUUGCACGCAAUCUUCCUGCCCUUGCCAAGAAGGACAAGCAGGACCAGGUGCUGUGCUGGUUAGUGGACCCGGUUUCUGCAGUGAUCCAAUCAUUGUCAAGCGCCGCCCUCACAGACUUGCUUCAGGAGCUUCAAGGCACGGAUGGCCAGCUGGCCACAGUACUGCACAACAAGUUUGGUGUGACACUGCUGUAUUUGAUCCUGAGUGAAGGAGAGAGGAUGCAAAGCUCUGACCCCAACUGUGAACUCAUGGAUGACAAUCGAUGGACUGAGUUGGUAUUUUCAGUAACAAGGGAGUUGCUCAGUGUUCCCUCCUCAUCCCUCUCCUCUCCCCUCUUCACCCCUCCAAACCUGCUCUCGCUCUUCUCGCGCUACGUCGAUCGGCAGAGGCUGGAGCUGCUACAGAACAAGCUACAGAUCCCUGCUUUGUCCAGGUAGAAGUUACUACAGACACCAACACAACCCCCUCCCCACUGAUGCAGACCUUUCUUUUUGUGUGUGUGUCAGAGGAGAGAAUGGUUUGCUCUUGAGGUGAAUCCAUGGUGGAUAAUUUUAAUCCAGCAAAAUCUCUAGUCACUUGUUUUUUUUUUUUUUUUUGUGUUUAGUCUCGUGUGUGUGUGUGUGUGUGUGUGUGUGUGUGUGCGCGCGUGUGCGUGCGAGCGAAUGACAGUGAUAUAGAGUGCAUGAGACAUGUACAGUCUGAAUGACGAUAAAAAUGAAAUCUGCAUUUUUAAAUAUCUUGUUUACAAUUAUGCCAGUGAUG